AUGUCCCAAACGCCGACAGUCCCCCAAGCGGGCUCCUUCCCCUCCUUUACAACCGUCAACUUCUAUGCCGGCUCCAAGCUCAACCGUCUCUCAUGGCUCCGCACCUCGACCGAGUUUCUAAACUCGACCAUCGCAUCGCCGGAAACGCGCUUCGUGGUGAUGAAGAACAACAACCCCUUGUGCCACGCUUCGGGCGAGGACGAGGGGCUGCUGGCGACGCUCGGGUGGGACGAGGUGAAGCCGUACAUUCUGGAGAAUGUCAAGGCCUCGGGAGGGGCGCAGGCCGAGGAGGGGGAUGCGCUUGUGUUCGGUCCCCAGGCGUACGGGCUCAAGAACGGUGGCGAGGUCGACCGGGACUUUGCCCGCGCUACGGAUGGCGUGGGACCGAGCAGGCUCGCGCUGGUCUUCUUGGGCAUUGACGAGAGCAAGUUGAGCGAGACCUCUCUGCCCGGUCAGAUGGCCAAGGACACGAGCAAGACCUCGGAUGCGGCAAACUCGAACGCUCCCCCCGCCGGGACACCGUUCUUCGCACUCUCCCUUACCUACCGCCCGCCCUUCCUCAAAGACGGCGAAGCGUCACCCAUGCAGGCCCUGCUGGAGAAGCUCGAGAACGAGGAGAAGUACGACUUUAUCGACCUCCGUGCGUCCUCCCGUGCUGCCACCUGGCCUGUCGAGGACGCAGCGAUCGUAGCCCAAUCCAAAUCGCUACUCGACUGGAACGAGCGACACCAGUACUGCCCUGGUUGCUCGCGUCAGCAGUACUCGCUGUGGGCGGGGUACAAGCGCGGAUGCUCCUCCUCCCUCGGUCACGCUGCUCCCGGUUCCGACUUCUCUACCUCGUUCUUGUCCGGCGGAGCAGCAUCGUUCGAGGAGGACGGCAAGGGCGUCUGUCCCUCGACGAAAGUGCUGAGCAACUUCCACUACCCUCGAACCGACCCGGUGAUUAUCAUGGCGAUCAUCUCGCCCGAUGGCGAAAAGGUGUUGUUGGGGAGACAGAAGAAGUGGCCGGCGGGCUUCUACUCGUGUCUGGCAGGAUUCUGCGAGCCGGGCGAAUCGUUCGAGGAGGCCGUCCGUCGCGAGGUGUUGGAGGAAUCCGGAAUCAAGGUGGACCAGGUCAUCUACCAUUCCAGCCAACCCUGGCCGUAUCCGACCAACCUCAUGGCGGGCUUUUACGGCAUUGCAAAGAGCGACAAUGAAAAAGAUAUCCGGUUGGACCUGGAUAACGAGUUGGAGGACGCGCGGUUCUAUACGAGGAAGGAGAUUCUCGAGGUCAUCGGGAGCAAGGAGAGGAGUCACUUCACCAAGCAGGAGCUCGAGAACCUGGACAAGGAGCACAACGAUGACGCAGAGGUCAAGGAGAAGAGGAAGCAGAUCAGACUGCCACCGCAGACGGCCAUCGCCAGAGUGUUGGUCGAGGCGUGGGCGAACGGUCAGGCUGUGCUGCCGACCCACAUGGAAGGCUUUCAGAGGACACGCAUGUAG